AUGACACAGGGAUCUGCGGCGUCUCUGGGUCGAGGAGGUUUAGAAAGUUGUGGCCUGGAAACUCCUCAAGCCACAGUCACAUCUGGAAACGACGACGACGACGACGACGACGACGACGACGACGACGACGACGACGACGACGACGACAACGACGACGACGGCGACGACGACGACGACGACGACAACGACGACAACGACACAACAACAAUAACACAGACGACGCUGUUUCUCGUUCAGCUGUGA